AUGGGGCGGUUGGAGAUUGAGCCAGCCCCACGGCAGGUUUUUGGGGUGAAAGAGGAAGGAAGUUGCUUAGAAAACCUUCCACUGAGGUUAUCCGAGUGUGGCAUAGGCCCUCCUUCUAAUCCCUAUCUGGGGACACAUUGCAAAGUUGAGUCAUUGCCACGCCGCCACCCUGGCUGCAGAUUCUGGCCUCUGUCCUCACUUGCCAUCUCCAAGGCAAAGGUGGAACACGUGGUGCCAGCUGCUGCCCUCCCCUCCCCUGGGGAAGAGGGGCCCAGCAGGAAGCAGGCCUGGUGCUUGAUGGUGCUGCUGCAGAGAGGCUGGCAGAGGUGGGAUGGAAAGGCCCGGCUGGCGGUUGCCAUGCCUGGAUGGCCUCAUCUCCGGGGAACUGGAGGCAGGAAGAGGAAGCUGGGCAGGAAGGCAGGGAAAAAGUUGGAGCAGUGCCAGCAGCAGGCGGACGAGGUGACGGAAAUCAUGCUCAACAACUUUGACAAGGUCCUGGAGCGCGAUGGGAAACUCUCGGAGCUGGAGCAGCGUUCAAACCAACUCCUGGACAUGAGCUCAGCGUUCAGCAAGACAACCAAGACCCUGGCCCAGAAGAAGCGCUGGGAGAACAUCCGUUGGCGUGUCUGUUUGGGGCUGGUGGUGGGCGGUGGCCUGCUCAUCAUCCUGAUUGUGUUGCUGGUCAUCUUUCUCCCACAGAGAAGCGAAGGCAGCAGUGGCCCACAGGCCCAGGACUCAGGUGCUGCCUCGAGCCCUGGGGGCUGA